AUAAUGAUUUAAAUAAUCAUAAUCAUUCAUCAUCAUCGCCAAUAUCAAUGUUACGUUUACAAACAAAACGUGGUUUAUCAUUAGAUAUGGACACAAUGAUGGAUAAAACAUUUGAUGAUUAUAUCGAUAGUAUCGAUGGAUCUGAUGAUUAUAUUUCUACUAAUACUAUUGGCACCGGUAGUAAUAUAAAAACAAAAAUAAUGAUGAUGAUGGCCAAUGAUGUUGAUAUGAAUAAUAUUAAUAGUAAUAGCAAUAAUAAUAAUAAUAAAAAUGAAAAUAACGAUUCCAAAUUAAUCGAUGAUUAUACAGUUCAAUAUUAUCGUACAUCAUCGGCCAUUUCUUCGGAUCAUCAUUCACCAAUAAUGACCAAAACAAAAACAACAAAUCAGAAUAAUCAGAAUAAAUUAAAUAAACAUAAUCGUUGUAUAUCGAAUCCACAUAAUCAUCAAUUUAUAAAAGCAAAUUCAAUUGGUUCUGGUGUUAGUGAUUCUGUUGCUGUCAUUAGUAGUAGUAAUAGUAAUAGUAAUGAAAAUUCACAAGCAUUACUACCAAUUACAUUGAAUGUUUUGAAUAAUUUUCGUUUUUCAAAUGAAAAAAUCACUGAUCAUUUUCGUCAUCAUCAUCAUCAUCAUCAUCAUCAUCGCCAUCAUGAUAAUGAUGAUGAAAAUAAUGGCAAUGGUAAUGGUGACAGUAUGAAUCUAGAUAGUGUUGCCACUGGUGAUGGUGGUGAUGGCAGUGGUAAUAAUACAAUGAUGAUGAUGGAUAAUAAUCGUAGUACACGUGCAACUACACCGGCCGAUGAACAAAUAUUCCAGGAACCAGUUGAAUCAUUACAAAUACGUAUUGGUCGUUUAUUAUCAUGUGAAGAGAUGGCCGAUAUGCAUUUUUUAGUUGGACCACAUCCAUUACAGACAUCAUCAACAACCACAACAACAACAACAACAACAACGGCAACGAAUAAUACACAAUCACCAACAUCACCAUUACGAAAAUUACGUAUACCAGCACAUCGUUUAAUAAUGGCAACAGCAAGUCCAAUAUUUCGACAAAUAUUAUUGGAUCAAUCUAAUGGACAAUUGAUUGAAUGUGAAAAUGAUUUAGAAAUCAAUGAUAUUGAACCAUCAUCAUUUUUAGAAUUUUUACGUUAUGCAUAUACAGAUAGUGCAAAAUUGAAUAAAGAUAAUGUUGUUGGUAUAUUGAUUGCCGCUAGACGUUAUCAAAUAUCGACAUUAGAACGACAAUGUAUUGAUUAUAUACAUAAAUGUUUAUCAAAACGUUCAUCAUUGGCCAUUUGGAUUUCCACACGUAUUUAUGGUAUAACGGAUUUAGAACAAGUGGCCAGAAAAUCAAUGCAACAUUAUGCUGAAUCAAUGUUAUUAUCGAAUGAUUUUUUACGUUUAGAUCAACAAUCAUUAAUCGAUAUAUUAUCAGAUGAUUUAUUACGUGCUGAUGAAAUUGUUAUAUUUCGUGCAUUGACACGUUGGGCUAAACAAAAUUGUUUAAGACAAGGAUUGUGUCCAAAUCGUGCCAAUGUACGUAUGAUAAUUGGUAAUGCAUUGAAUUUGAUACGAUUUCCAUUGAUGAGUGAAGAACAAUUACAAAGGAUUGUGGCCGCUGAAGGUAUAUUGGAAGAUGAAUUAUUACGUGCAUUAGUACAUUGUUCACGUAAUUGGCCACGAACUUCCAAUAUGAUGAUGACAGAAUCACCAUUAACAACAUUUUCAAAUGAACCACGUGCAUUUCAAAAAUUAGCCGGACGUUUACAUAAUGUUUAUCGAUUUGCAUCAUUUGAAAAUUCAUUACCAAAUCGUUAUCUAAAUCGUUCAUUGAAUUUUCUUGCAAAUAAACGUGUUUGGUUAGCCGGUGUUGGUCUUUAUGCACCACGUAAAGCAUGUACAUUUUAUCUGAAUGUAUGUAUACGUGUACGUAGAGCUGAUCAUGAUAAUCAACAAUGGCAUUCACCAUUGGAUCGUUUGGAACAUACAAUGUUGCUCAAAUAUGAUGGAUCUGGCCAUAUAAUCAAUAUGAAUUUUGAUGAACCAUUACAAAUUGAAGCUAAUGUCCAAUAUGAAGUAUUAGCCACAAUAACACCAAGUCCACGAUCAACUAGUUUAGUACGUGCACGUCUUCAUCCACAUCUUUAUUAUACAAGACCAAAUGAAGUAAAUUUUUAUUAUGGUACUGAUGGACAAUAUGCAACAAAAGUACGUAUCAAUAAUCGUGGUGAAAAUGUUAUUUUCAAUUUCAAUUGGGAACGUGAUGCAAUACAUGAUGAUAAUAAUUCUGAUAAUACAAGUAAUAAUCAAUUUUUUAAUCAACAAUCAACAAAUCAAGCGGUUUCGGAACCAACAACACCACAUCCACCACCGCCACCACCACCACCACCAAGACCACCACCACCACAAGAAUAUCAACGACCAACACGUAUGCAACGAUUACGGCGUGCAUUAUCGUUUGUUGAUAAUCGUGAAAAAGAUAUGGCCACAAUUACGGCACGUGCAAAUCAUCAUGCACGUGAAUGUGGUUUAUUAGAAGGACAGAUUCCAUUACUUAUGUUUUAUGCAUAAUGAUCAUCUUUGUUACCAACGUCUCAAUUCAUCUCUCACAUAAACAUAAAAAUAUACUCAAUUCAAAUCAAUCCACCAGAUUCUUGCUCCGAUUAGCUCCUUAUUAAAUCAUUAUCAUCAUCAUCAUCAUAUGUUUGCCACCAUCACUGGAUUCUUGAUUCUUCUGCCCAUAUUCAAUCCAUAUAUUUUUUGUUUUUGUUUUUGUUUCAAAUCUAUAUUUUUCUUGUGUCAAUUUUAUUUUUCAUUUUACUACCG